UCAGCUGAUAAGGCCGAGUUUCGAGUUUGUGGCCGGGGUAUUUUCAGUUCGCUCAGCAUGAUGCGAAUGAGAAAGAUAUUGGGAAAGUGUGGUGAUGCAGCUCAUUUCCAUUUAUCCAGUCACGUUAGUGGGGCAGCGAAAAGUCCACAGAAAGGAUUAUUGGGUCCGCAGUAUUGUGUCAACGUAGUACAGCAAUACGACUAUGAGAACUUCCUAUGCACUUUGCUGCUCAGCGGCGAACAACGCCGAUAUGCUUUCGCAAUACGGGCUUUGAACGUGGAGGUUGCGAGGAUUGCUUCUAUGGUUACAGAAGAUAUUGCCGGAAGGAUGAGGCUGCAGUUUUGGAAAGAUUCAAUCGAUGACUGCUACAACCCGCAGAAGGCGUAUGUUCUAGACCAUCCAGUACUCAAAGAAGUCAAAAAUGUGAUAGACAAACGCAAACUCAACAAAGUCUACCUGAAACGUUUGGUAGCAUCGCGGGAUCGGCCACCGAAUCAGUCGUUCUUAACAAUGAAGGAAAUGGAAGACUAUGCGGAGCAGUCCACUUCAUCCGUUUAUUACAUUCUCCUCGAAAUUUUCGGCAAGAAGGACAUGAAUCUGGAUCACGCCAUUUCACAUUUAGGGAAAGCGCAGGGGAUUGCGAAUUUAUUGCGAGCUAUACCACGUCAGAGUCGAAAUGCACCCGUGAAUAUUCCACAGGAGGUGCUGAUAAAACAUGGUGUCAGCCAGGAAAGGAUAAUUCGAGAUCAGCCUCACGAUAAAGGAGUCGAAGAAUCUGUAUUUGAAGUGGCUACGGUGGCUCAUCAACAUUUGGCCAAAGCAAGAAACUUAUCAAAACACGUGUCCAGAGACGUGUUGCCAGUAUUUCUGCCAGCGGUGGCAGUUGAUCGUUAUUUAGACCGCCUGAGACAAGCUCAGUUCCGGCUUUCAGACAAAAGCUUACAGCAACGUGAUAACUUCUUGCCGAUAGCUUAUUAUUGGCAUAAAUUUCGAGGAAAAUAUUAGUUGAAUUUUAGGAUUACGUUGAAUUUUAAGGAACUGCCUAGUAAUAAAUAGCGAAAAAAA